AUAGCAUCGCCUCGUUUACUAGCAAGUUCAAGCCACUCAUCUCAACAUCAGCAACAAUGCAGUUCACCACCGCUCUCAUGGCUACUCUCAUGGCCGGCACUUCCCUCGCCACCAUCAACUUCGGAAAGGCCCGCUACGACAGCGGCAACGUCGACGUCGCUAUCUGGAUCGAUGGCGAGAACGCGUGCACCUAUGUCUACCAGGGUCACAACAACCCGUGUGACUUCAACGGCGGGAAGUUCCAGGCGCAGAAUGGGUUCAAGUACACCGUCAAGGACUGUGGCAACAGUGCCUUCCAUCUCGAGAACGCGGAUGGAAGCUUCAACUCUUUUGCGCACUUCAACCCGUACAACAACGCGGGUAGUGGCUGCGCCAACAGCCAGGGGAGGUACCACGUUGAUCAGGAGUGGAGCUUCUACUAGAUGGUAACGUUACUGGUAGGCCGGGGGCUAUCAUGGAGGUAGUAGGAGGGAGCAGUGUCACUCUUUAAUGUUCGUUUGACUGAAGCGGAUACACAAUGAAGGAGAACUAGUCAAGUUGGAGGAUAGCUGUGACUAGUUUCUAGUGGGAUAGAGGACUCCGGAUAGCCCUCGCGGCUGCGCGAUGUCUGAUUUGACAAGCACGAGAAAAGUCAAUUUGAGGACCAUCAAAC